AGUAAAUGCAGAUUAUUGUGAACACACAUAUGGAAAAUAGACUACUUUUUCAAAAUUUGGGAUUGAAUCAAUUUCUUUUUAAUAUUUUUUCGAAUAGUUCAGAAAAGCGAAAUUCGCACGAUCGUGCGAAUGCAUCAGAAAUAAAAGUUUUGAGAAAAAAGUGAUAAAAGAUUUCUGCGACGGCAUAACAAGUCUCUACUCUGCAAUCAUUGUACUUCGUUCAAGGAAUAUAUGGGGAAUUUCAUUGAAUUGGAAUCAGAUAAAGAUAAGCUCAGCCGUAAAAGAAUCAAGGACUGUAACGAGCUGGUGGGAGAAUUGAUGCGUAUGCUAUUGGAUGGUGAUGACAGAUAUCGAGCUGCUUAACUUUUUUGAAUGUAGAGGAAAUGGGAAGAAAAGAAAGAGAUAGUAGUGGAAGGGAUGAAUCGGCUUCAUGACCCUCAACUCUUACUGCAACGAUUGAGAAAUUUGAUGCAGCCCAGGAUUGUCGAUAAUGCCAGUUCCAGUCUUAGCAUCGAAAAUGCAUUUCAAGAGCUUGAUUCAUUUUUGAAUCAGUCAACAAAUCCAGUCCGGAACAUAGAGUGUGCUGAUGAGAUUUGCAAGGACCUUCCUCACUUAAUCUCACUCGUAGUAAAAGCAUUGCAGGGAGAGGCUAUUGUGGACCAAACAGAGGAAUUAAUCUCAGAGGCUAAGGUCUUUAGCAUAGUGGCAAAAAUAGUAAACAAAGUUUUGGCUUCUUUUUAGUAAUGCUACAAGAUUUUAAGAACCAAAAGCUUACAAAUCCUGUUAGUAUUCAAGAUCUUGUGCAAAUGGAAGAUGAACACUUAAUAUUCCAUUUUCCUCUAACCCCUGAUUGUACCAGUGGUGCUAAGAUUCACAUCAAUCUACAGGGUUAUCAUGAAGUAGACUCACUAGAAAAGGGGCUUAAUGUUGAUCCAGUUCUUCUGUCACUUCAGUUUUUUGAUGUUGAAGACUUUCUUCUGUCAGACGACAAGAUAUACAAUGAUCUGACUGAAGGCAGCGGUGAUGUCAGAGCAAAUCAAGACGAUAUGAAGCUGUCAACUGUCCAGGGUCAUGGAGAUGUUCAAAGGAUCAUUAUGAACUCACUAGCUGAAGUUUACCAUAAAAUAGAAAGUAACCCAGAGAUACUUGAGCUAAAAGUCAUCACAACUAUGGAGGCAAUGGUGCAAGACAUCAUGAAUAAGUUGAUGCAGGCUCGUGAAAUGGAGUAUCAAGCAGAGGAGAAGAGAUUUGAGAAGAGGAAAGCUAAUGUUAGAAAAGACAAACUGAAGCUGGAGAAGGAUGAAGCUGACUUAAAAGAGAAGAAACUGAAGCUGGAUCAGGACGAAGCUGACUUAAAAGAGAAGAAACUGAAGCUGGAUCAGGACGAAGCUGAGUUAAAAGAAAACCAACUGAAGCUAGCCAGGUUGCAGAAAAAGCCACGGGUUGAGUAAUUUGCUUCUUUGAAAUACAGUCUCAAUGGUUUAUUGGGAUGUUUAUGAACUGAAGAUAUUGUCAGUAUGCAUUUGUGUGAUGGUUGUGUUUGAAUGUCAAUGGUUUAUUGGGAUGUUUAUGAACUGAAGAUACAGACAAUAUGUGUUUGUGUGAUGGUUUUGUGUUUGAAUCCCAAUGGUUUAUUGGGAUGUUUAUGAACUGAAGAUACGUACUGUGUUUGUGUUUGACUUUUCUGGUUAUUGUCAAGAGUCUAAAACUUCAAAGAAUAUUAUGAACUGUAUGUUCAUGGUAUGCGUUUUUAUAUCGUUAUUUUCAGUGGAACUUGAUUAUUCUAA